AUCUUGCAUUCUAUAGCUCCCAAGAACCCAUCAGCCAUGAACAAUGUUCAAGCUCCUGAGACCAAGCAGGAAGACUCCCCAGAGAACUCCAUGGCAGCAACCCUACUCCCAACAAGGGAGGGAUGGUCCACGCCGCUCACCCUCUACAACAACUGCUGGCUGAGAUCACACAUGGUCGACAGCUUCAUGGCAGUGAGGGACAACUUCAAGCCCCGCCACGACGACGUGAUCCUCGCGACGCACCCCAAGUCCGGCACGACCUGGCUCAAGGCCAUGGCCUUCGCCAUCGUCAACCGCUCACGCUACGACCUCCUCGCCGACGGCGACGGCAACCCUCUCCGUGCCCAGAACCCACAGAGGCUGGUGCCGUUCAUCGGCGUGCCGGGACACGGAGGAGGCGACCUCGCCGCCAUCGAGGCAAUGCCGUCGCCGCGGCUGCUCGCCACCCACCUCCCGCUCUCGCUGCUCCCCCCGGCCGUCACUGCCGCCACGGGCGGCUGCCGCGUCGUCUACCUCUGCCGGGAGCCCAAGGACUCGUUCGUCUCGAGGUGGCACUUCGACAACAAGAUGGUGAAGGGCUCCCAGACGGGAGCCCACGCGAUCGAGCUCGACGCCGCGUUCGCCAUGUUCUGCGAGGGGUGCACGCCGUUCGGCCCGUUCUGGGAGCACUACCUCCAGUACUGGCGCGAGAGCCUGCGGCGGCCGCGCGAGGUCCUCUUCCUGAGGUACGAGGAGCUCGUCGCCGACCCUCUCAGGGUCGUCAGGGACCUCGCCGCGUUCCUGGGCGUCCCGUUCAUCGACGAGGAGGAGAGCAACGGGGUCGACCGAGAGGUGGUGAGGCUGUGCAGCUUCGAGACUCUCAGUGGCUUCGACGUCAACAAAAAUGGCGGCGUCGAGCGUGCAGGAGGCAAGAUCUUCAUCGGGUACUCGUCCUUGUUCCGGCGAGGGAAGACUGGGGACUGGGUGAACCACAUGAGCGCAGACAUGGCGGAGAAGCUCGAUGCACUUGUCAGGGAGAAGUUCAAAGGAUCUGGGCUCGAGUUCUGAUCAGAACUAUUUGUCACUGUCGUCUGAAUCUGUAGUUGAUAACAAACCACAGUGUUCAGCAAAUUGUUAUGUUCAACCGGUUGUAAUUUUAGAGUUCGGUCCUAUUGGUGCUAACUCCCUAAUAAAAACUUGUCCACUUGUUCAACCAGUCAUCGAUGGCUAGUAUUUUUUCUGGUGCUGUUACGGUACCUUUUAUUGUCGUCUGAAUAUGAUAACAAAUCAUAGUGUUCAGCUAAUUAUUAUUAUUAUGUUCAACCAGUUUGUAAUUUUAGAGUUCGGUCCAUUUGGUGGCAACUCCAGAAUAAAAACUUAUCCACUUGUUCAA